GGAGUCUCGGCUGCCGGCAGCUUCAGCUCGGCUGGUUCCGGGUUGAGAGGCUGCGUUAGGACCCGAGCAGUGGCCGCUGAGCCGACGGGGUAGCGCCUACUCCUGCCUCUCCCGGCCUGCUGCCCGCAACCAUCCCUCGGUGCUGCCCCCGACAGCGCGGCGGUCUCUCAGCCACCCCCUUGCAUCUCAGGCCCCUGUCUCCGCCGCCCCCGGCGCCAUGGCGUGCAGCCUCAAGGACGAGCUGCUCUGCUCCAUCUGCCUCAGCAUCUACCAGGACCCGGUGAGCCUGGGUUGCGAGCACUACUUCUGCCGCCGCUGCAUCACCGAGCACUGGGUGCGGCAGGAGGCGCAGGGCGCCCGCGACUGCCCCGAAUGCCGGCGCACGUUUGCGGAGCCGGUGCUUGCGCCCAGCCUCAAGCUGGCCAACAUCGUGGAGCGCUACAGCGCCUUCCCGCUGGACGCCAUCCUCAAUGCGCGCCGCGCCGCGCGACCCUGCCAGGCGCACGACAAGGUCAAGCUCUUCUGUCUCACGGACCGCGAGCUGCUCUGCUUCUUCUGCGACGAGCCCGCGCUGCACGAGCAGCACCAGGUAACCGGCAUCGACGACGCCUUUGAGGAGUUGCAGAGGGAGCUGAAGGAGCAGCUUCAGGCCCUUCAGGACAGCGAGCGGGAGCACACGGAGGCGCUGCAGCUGCUCAAGCGACAGCUGGCGGAGACCAAGUCUUCCACCAAAAGCCUGCGGACCACCAUUGGCGAGGCCUUCGAGCGGCUGCACCGGCUGCUGCGUGAGCGGCAGAAGGCCAUGCUGGAGGAACUGGAGGCAGACACAGCACGCACACUGACCGACAUCGAGCAGAAAGUCCAGCGCUACAGCCAGCAGCUGCGUAAGGUGCAGGAGGGGGCCCAGAUCCUGCAGGAGCGGCUGGCUGACACUGACCGGCACACCUUUCUGGCCGGGGUGGCCUCGCUGUCCGAGCGGCUCAAAGGGAAAAUCCAUGAGACCAAUCUGACAUACGAAGACUUCCCAACCUCCAAGUACACAGGCCCCCUGCAGUACACCAUCUGGAAGUCCCUGUUCCAGGACAUCCACCCAGUGCCAGCCGCCCUGACCCUGGACCCGGGCACCGCCCACCAGCGCCUGAUCCUGUCCGAUGACUGCACCAUCGUGGCCUAUGGAAACCUGCACCCACAGCCACUGCAGGAUUCGCCGAAGCGCUUCGACGUGGAGGUAUCAGUGCUGGGCUCCGAGGCCUUCAGUGGUGGCGUCCACUACUGGGAGGUGGUGGUGGCGGAGAAGACCCAGUGGGUGAUCGGGCUGGCACACGAGGCCGCAAGCCGCAAGGGCAGUAUCCAGAUUCAGCCCAGCCGCGGCUUCUACUGCAUCGUCAUGCAUGACGGCAACCAGUACAGCGCCUGCACCGAGCCCUGGACGCGGCUCAACGUCCGCGACAAGCUUGACAAGGUGGGCGUCUUCCUGGACUACGACCAAGGCCUGCUCAUCUUCUACAACGCCGAGGACAUGUCGUGGCUCUACACUUUCCGCGAGAAGUUUCCGGGCAAGCUCUGCUCCUACUUCAGCCCCGGGCAGAGCCACGCCAAUGGCAAGAACGUGCAGCCGUUACGGAUCAACACCGUCCGCAUCUAACGCGGCCGAGGGAGACCACAGGCGCCUGGACCCUGACCUCCAGCCAGAGCCCUGUCCAGGAGACACCCCGCUCGGCCACCCUGAGCUCUCAGGCCAGUUGUUUACCUUCAGCCUCCCUUUCCUUGUCUGCAAAAUGGAGGCUGUGCUCCAUGAUUCCUAAACUCUCUUCCAAUAUUGAUGUUCUGUAGCUCUGACCUUGAUGGGGAUCCAGCUUUGGUCCAAGGACGUGGCACGUCUUCUCCUCAGGGCAGCCCCUGCCCAACCCUCACCCCAUCCUCCCAGGGGCAGGGGACUGUCUCACUAUGUCUCCCUCCUGCCCACGUGCCCUGACGUCAUAUUGUGUCAGAGUGUUGUUACCAGCAAUUGACAGCCUGAAAGACACAUGGAACCCUCUCGUGCUCCCAGGCCUAAGACUUGACGCUGACCAAGCUAACAAUGGGCCUUUUUACCCUUGACCCCAGCCCACAGCGGACACAGGCAGUAGCUGGUCCUAGGGUGGUCUGAGAACACCCUCUCCUUCCACCUGUGGUCCAAGAGCUUAGUGGUUCCUGCUUUCCCUCCCCCACCCCAAAUCUGCAGGUAGAGAGGCCGCUGUGGCCUGUGGAAGGACCCCAGUAGUUGAGCCUACAUGUUACAGUCACUGUGUUACCACUUUCCUACCCGUCGGUCUGAAGGUAGGAUGACGGCACAUCCCAAAGCUGAUGCAGAGCCCAGUAGCCUAAAGGCAGCUGUAGGACAAGCAUCAAUGGGUGAAGGAGAUCCCCCGCAGCUUGGAUAAGGGUCCAGCCAGGCCUCCUGGACCAGGCGAGGGUGUGGGGAGGCUGCGGGGAGCACUUGUGUUAGUGAGGACCUGAGUACUGGGAGGGGCUGUUGGCUGGGACCUCUCAUCAAGCUUGAAAUCUAUCUCCGUUAAGAUCCUGUUGUAGAAAACAAGAGCUGCUUUAGCUAGCUUAAUUAGAUAGGAUUUAUGAACAGGUCCCUGAUGGCUUUGCAAAAUGAAGGGCUGGAGGAGCAGACUUUUUGCUGAAUUUCCAGGAACAGCUCCCAGAUGCCAGAUUCAUCAUGUCUCUCCUGACCAGGAACAUUGCUCCCAAGUGCAGGAAGCCACCGCUUCAGGAAGCCGCUGACUGCUACUCUCUGUGCCAGCAAAUGGAUGUCCUGAGGCCUGCCUCUCUCCCGAUUCAGUUCCCAAAUCCAGAUCUCCAUGAGGGAUUCUAUUUGAGAAAACCUAAAUCAGAUCCAGAACCUUGGCUGGAAGGGGGUCUGGGAAAUGUCAUUUUCUUCUUUCCAGCCUCAACCAUACAAAGGGACCCAGUAGAAGGAAGUUAGAAUGGAUGUUGGACAAGCCCAUCCACGGUGUUUGCCAAUGGAGCCUACCUCCAGGCCUUGGCUUUGAAGCAGCAAAGCCUCCAGAUGUCCUGCUCUGUGGCUCUGUCCUUGACCAAGGACAGGAGCCCAAGGGAUGAGCCUGCAGGGCCAAGCUGAAAUGUCUCUCCAACCUUGGCUUUCCUUUCUAGUCCUGGGGCCUAGAUUCUGAACUUGGAGUCUCUGACCACACCCAUCCCAAAGGAGCCAGAACUAGCUGAACUUGGGGGGCUCCCACCUCACAACUGCUGCCCACAUGGGCCUCGCUUGGGCAGGAGGACUUCUCCGUCUCACCCCACCCUUCAUCUACCAGAAUCUGGGCCACCUCCAGGAGUAUUUUUAUUUUAAAUGUUGCCCAUUUUGUGAGUUAUGAUGAAUUUGUAUUAAAUUAAAGUUACAGGA